AUGUCUCAACAGGAGAUAGAGAAGCUGCGCCGACGUUUGGAGAACGAACAGCGACUGCGCGAAGAAGAACAGCGACUGCGAGAAGAAGAACAACGACUACGACAGCAAGCCGAGGAGCAGCUGAGGCUUCAGAUUCAGAACACUACACUUCCCGAAUUCCUCAAUGCCUGCCAUUCGCAUUUAUUUCUUAGUUUAAAGAUCCAGAGAGACAAAGACUCGUCGACAAAGGGCAAUCCUGCGAACGCCGACCAUGAUUCGACCAUAGCGGCGGAUAUGAGCUCUCUAAGCCUGAGCCAGAUGCACCCUCGUCACUCCAGCCGCUUGGCUGCAAAAUCGGCCAGUGUUGGUGCUUCAGCCCAAGCAAAGAGAAGCCAGAGGGCAGGUCAGCCUAGGUCCAGACCUCGAGCAGAUCAGUUCUGUGUCUAUAAUAAGGGCCUGGGAGGGAAGGUCCCGGCAUUUAUCAUCGAGUACAAGGCACCCCAAGGUUCAGGCUCCCAAGACCAACAAUUUUUCAACGACAAUCAGCAGCUUGACACACGGCUAGGGUGCGAGUCGUUGCAUGUGCACGGGAGUCGCGGGGCGCUUUUUAAAAUCACAUUGUGGUCCCAUGGGUACACCUUUGUGGCAAAAGGCACACCAGUCGAAUUUGUUACAGGCUUGGAAAAUGAGGAGCUUAUUUACUCACGCCUUUCUUCAAUACAAGGGAGAUACAUUCCAGUGCUACUUGGCAGCCUGAAACUUCGCCACCCAUUCUCCUAUGAUGGUAUUGCCGAGAUUGUCCACCUCAUGUUCAUGAGCUAUGCCGGCAAAACCCUUGCAAACUGCCAUGAUUCUGAUCGCUGUCAGCUUAUGCAAAAGGCCGAGAAAUCCUUGCAGGAGAUUCACAAACUCGGCGUGCUUCAAGGUGAUCCGAUACCUGGCAACAUGGUCGAGGAAAAUGGUAGGGUGAUGUUCAUUGAUUUUGAGCGGGCAACGCUGCAGCCCCCACGAGCACCACUUGGAGGUAUUUCACAUAAUCACACACGCGGGCAAGUAAAGGGCCCAAAAGGUCACAGUCGUCAUGACUGUUUCGAUCGCGAGAGACAACGCAUGAGACGUGGACUAUACUAA